ACUCUCCUCGUCAGUCUUCUGAAUCAUCGAGUUCACAAAUUAAUGGAUAAACGGAGAAUCUCAACAACAUGUGGCUGAUGUUAUUGUUCUUCCUGAACGUGAACACACAGACAAACGCUCUCCAGGUGAUUGGAGGAAACAGGACUUUGGUGCAAGGACGUACAGUUACAUUCAACUGCAAACUUGUUGACGCCACAGAGACCCUCACCCAGAUUACAUGGCAGAGGACGACCAGAGUUAAAAAAAAUAAUGAUUUCUUGACUGUUCGGGAAACAAAUGGACCAGUGUAUGUGAAUGGACGCGAUGAUCGAAUCAAGUUUAUUGGGAGCUUCAAUGGCCAUAAUGGAUCUAUUCAAAUCUCCAAUGUCUCAUUGCUGGAUGAAGGCAUCUACACUUGCAUCUUCACUUUGUUCCCCAGCGGAAUUCACAACACACAUAUACAUCUGGAUGUACUCGUGCCUCCUGUCAUACGUGUGGAGAAUAACCGUCCUACUUUGGCUGAUAAGGAAGUUUGCAUUGCCACCUGCACGGCUGCUGAUUCCAAGCCUCCGGCAAACGUGAGCUGGCUCACAGGUAGCUUAGCAGAAAACUUGAUGGCAACAGCCAACUCCACACCUCAAGACCAUGGUAAGACUACCACAGUCAGCUACCUGUUUGGAGUACCUACCAUGGGAAUCAACCAACAGGUGGUCCACUGUGUCGUCACCAGUCCAGCCCUGUCGAAAGAGGCAGAGAUCCCCUUUACUAUACAAGUUUACUUUGCACCUAUGGAAGUGACAAUUGUUGAAAAUCCUGAAGAAGACUCAUUUCAAUGUGAAACUGAUUCCAACCCCAAACCAGAAUUUAACUGGACCAGAGUUGACCAAGCGUGGCCGCAGUCUGGUGUCAGAGUCGAGGAUGGAACGCUGCAGUUUCUGAAAAGGAGCUCUCACCUGAAUGGCCUCUACCAGUGUACCGCAUUUAACCAAUAUGGAAGAAGCAGUGUUUACAUCUUUAGAUCUGUGAUUCCAGAACCCUGCACUGUUUGUUGGAUCUUAUUUUCUCUUCUGAUCGUCCUUAUCGUAGCGGCAGCAGUGUGGUAUCUUUGGAAAUCUGACAAACUUUUUUUUUUACGUUCAAGGAGAGUCCCGGUCACACGUAGGGAGACGGAGGUGAUAAAUCCUGACGAGGCGCCUUCUCCUGAGGACCUUUGAGAAGCAGAAGAAACGGGAGCAUGACACCCACCUCUGCUACAUACGUGUUCGUCCAGUGAACUGGUGCAACAGCGCAGGUGCAUCAGUUAAAGGGAUAGUUGACCCCAAAAAAGGAAAUUCACUCACUCGAUGGACAGGGGGGUUGAAGUGUUCACAAAACCUUUUUGGAGUGCCAGUGGUUUGUGGAGGAUCAUACAGCACGUUCACAUAUACACACGGAACAUAGUUACACAAAAAAAAUCUGAAGAAUCUGCAAUUGAUUAUUGAAUUUCUAUACGUACACUGUAUUUACGUAGUUAAUUUUUCCUUGAACAUUUUUUGAUAUGAUUAGAAACGUUAAAUGCUUAUAAGAUAUCAAAAACAAAAUAUAUAUGAAAACUAAGUAUUACUUCGUUCUGCAUGUAAACAAACUUACUAAAGAUUUGUGAGAAAUUUGAAGAGCAAACUUAUAGUGAUAAAAGUACUAAAUACACAAGUUUUUAUACAAAGAUAAAAACCAGAGACUGUGUCACAACAUUAUUGUGUUUAGAAUAACAACGCUUCUCUUGAAUAGAACUCAACUGAAGCUGAGUCAGAGUAUUGUAUACCUCAAGUGGUUACGUAUUUCACUGGAUAUUGUUUUGAUAUGUCAAGGCAGUGUGGAACAAGCUUUCAAUAUGUUUACAAUCAAUGUGUUGUUUGUUCGAGUACCUCAACUGAAGUCAGACUGAAGUCAACAGUGACGUUCUGUGUUACAUCAAUACAAUGAAGAGAAAAAAGGAUAAGAUGAAGUCAAUACAAUUUUGCUGAAUGAUCUGAGAAAGAAAUGCAACACCAGCUCCGAAAUGCAUUUCAUAGUUAUCAUCAUCGUUAUUAUAAUUAUUAAGAUAUUAUUAAGACAUUUCACCAUUUUCAGUCGUUAAACGUUCAUACUGGGGGGAUUCUGUGGGUUGUUACUUUACAUCCAGGUAAACCAGUAGGUCAUUAAACACUACAAUUAAAGGAUUCAUCAUCUGGGCAGCUUUCGAAUUUCUAAAUAGUUUUGGUUUCAGAUUUAGUCUUUAGUCGUCAUGUUUUUGAUUCUUUUUACUUCUUUUUGUUUUGCUAGCCUAUUUAUUCUUUCUUACUUAUUUAAGCUUUAUAUCUUUAUUAAUGACUAAUAAGUACUUAUACGUUUUGGUUUUGAAACUAAGUGAUUUCCGUCCACAAGAGCAUUUUAGCUCUGCGUUCUUAAUAAUCCUCAGUAACAUUUAGUUUAGGUGCACAAAAACUCUGUAUUGGUGUGGAGGACAGAUUUAAACAUAGCAUAAGGACGUUUUAAUACAAAGGUAGUAGUGUGGAUGUAACCUAUGUUUGUGUCCUGUAAGUUUAAAGUGAGGGGGAUGGUAAACUACUGCUUCUAUUUUUUGUUUUAUUUAAUCAGCAAAGUAACCAAAUUUGUUCUAUCUUUUCCGCUUUUUAAAGGCUGAAAACAUUGUUGCAUAGUGUGCUCUGUUUAUGUUUGUGUUAUUUUGAAAAGGAAUCAAAGAUACCCUUUCAAUGAAGUGCUGAACUGUUUUUUGCUUGUUCUGUGUCUUAACAUUUCACACUUUACCCGUGCGUGUUUUUAAGUUCUAUCUCCUGUUUACUAAUGCACUAGUUAGGAUUACUGUCAUUUGCACUUAUAUAACAAUAAAAGCGAGAUAAGCAUUACAA